AUGCCUCAGCAACAAGUUCCGUUUGGUGCUACCAACUCUCCUCAACAGAGGUCAUCCGAUACCGUCACACUCUGCCCAUACCAUAUCGGCGUCUUGUCCUCGACCUCCAACACGUACGCAAGCAACAUGAAUCCGAUGGACCGCUUCCUAGCGGAGGGGCCCGCGGAGCAAAGUGCCAUGUUCAUCCGUCACGACAACGGCGAGCCAUCGACAAAGAGGCACUGCACAUGCCAAAGGGUACAUAACGCGAAGAUGUGA